UGCUGUGUUCUAUUCACGGGAUAGAAGGAGCAGCAAGUGCAAAUGCGAUUCACAUUCAAACAGGUGUGAGGAGCAGAAACCAUCCCAGGUGGCGCAUGUAGAUCGAAUAUGUGGCCACACAGGCGCGCGGCGUGUGCAUUUCUGCGGGUUUUUUUUGUUUCAAGGGUUGAGCAACCGGCAUCCGAAAAUAGUGUUGGCUGUUAAAAAAGUAGGUCGAUAGGAACCGAAAGCUUCGUCUGUUUCCACGCUUUCGUGUGUGUUCUUUGUUGUUUAGAGAGGGGCUGUGUGUUUUUUUCUUUCUUCUUCUUCUUCUUCUCCCAUAGCCUAGCGGAGAGCGUUUUACGCACAGGUGGGAGAUACCCGCUCGGCGUGCUGUAGGACAGCCCCCCUCUCUGCUCCUCGGCGGAUGAUGUGAGGAAGUGACAUUUUUCACUGCUGCGGUUCGGGACAGUACUGCUCCGCUGCAAACAGGUGUGCAGCCGUCCGGGUCACUUUUCUUGGGAAACAACAGAGAGGCAGCAUCCCGAACCCGGAACCAAGACUCCUUUUACACGGGACAGCGGGGACCGCGAGGACGAGGAUCAUCCCGGUCAAGUCUUUAUUAGCCUGGGCUGUUUGAACGGGCUGAGACAGAGAGGGAGAGGGGGUGGGGGGAGAGAGAGGGAGAGCGAGAGAGAGAGCGAGAGAGAGAGAGAGAUGGCAACGAAAAAGGCGUGCGUGGAUGCGCCUAAAAGGAGCCGGAGUCCGGUCGUGUUGGAGGCGGAGAUGUUCAGUGAAUUUCAGGACUGGUGUCUCCGGACUUAUGGAGACUCCGGGAAAACAAAGACCGUCACCCGGCGAAAAUAUAACAAAAUCAUGCAGACACUGUUGCAGAACGAGGAGUCGGACGGCGUUUAUAUCGACAACAGCCACAUCAACGCCAAAUUCAAAUUUUGGGUGAAGUCUAAAGGAUUCCAGGUCGGGACCAACGUGUUGGGAGAACACAACAAGAAGGGGGCUCCGGGGAAACCCGUUCUGUAUGUCCCGGUCAAGACAACGUGCUCGGACGGGAAUUCGGCCCAAGACAACUCGUCCCUGAAGCGCGUGGCUGUGGUGGAAGAUUUCUUCGACAUCAUCUAUGCCAUGCAUGUGGAGAUGGGCGCCGACCCGGGAAGAGCGCCCAAACACGCGGGCCAAAAGAAGACCUACAAAGCGAUAGCAGAGACCUACGCCUUCCUGCCCAGAGAGGCGGUGACUCGGUUCCUAAUGAGCUGUGGAGAGUGUCAGAAGAGGAUGCACAUCAACCCGAGCACCGCAGAGUUCAAAGAAAACGACAGACCCACCUCACUGGUCCCGGACCUCAUUGAUUACAACAUGCCUCUCACUGCCACCUACCUGAAACAAAUGAAGCUGCAGUGCAUGACGGCCACUGAAAGGGAUGACAGUUCGAUGAGCAGCGAGGACAUGAACGGCGUGGAGCCGACCUGGGUCGCAGCUGAGCCGCCACCAGUGCCUGAGCCCAGUCCCCCGAACGGAGAGCGAGUCAGCGACCCGACCCCCCUUAAAGAAGAGGAUGAUGACGUCUCCUCGGAGAGCGGCAGUGCCAACGGGCUCCCUGCCCUGACCUCCCCCGAGGCGCCGGCUGUGGGUGGGAACCCCCCAGAUGGCGGGGCCCCUUACGGGGAGGCGACGGAGAACGGGUUGAGCGCCCCCCUGGACUUCAGCACCACCUCGCCCUCGUCCACCUCCGAGGAUCAGCAGCCGGUCAAUCUGAGCGACAGGCUGCUGCCGGCGGGGGGCUCGCCGCCGAACCCUUACGGCGCGGACGGGAGCAGGAAGUACCCGAUCAAAGCGGAGUACGGCAACAAGUCCCCUGUGUACAGCUCCGGGAGCUACGACUCUGUGAAGACUGAGCUGAGCAUGAGCGCCGAGGACCUGACCUCCGGUCGGGCGCAGGUCAUCGACGACGACGACGACGACCACGACGACCACGACGACAGCGACCGGAUCAACGACGCCGAGGGCAUGGACCCCGAGAGACUCAAGGCCUUCAAUAUGUUUGUGCGUCUGUUCGUGGACGAGAAUCUGGACCGCAUGGUGCCCAUCUCCAAACAGCCCAAGGAGAAGAUCCAAGCCAUCAUUGAGUCCUGCAGCCGCCAGUUCCCCGAGUUUCAGGAGCGCUCCCGCAAGCGCAUCCGCACCUACCUCAAAUCUUGCCGCCGCAUGAAAAAGGGGGGUUUUGAGAUCCGACCGACACCUCCUCACCUCACGUCCGCCAUGGCUGAGAACAUCCUCGCUGCCGCCUGCGAGAACGAGACCCGAAACGCUGCCAAGAGGAUGCGGCUCGACGUCUACCAAGCGGAGGAACCUGCCUCUGACAAGACCAACUCCAGGGACCCGGCCUCCGUGGCGCCGUCAGGUUUCACCAUUUCAAGCGCGGCUUUUGCCCAAGACCAGCUCUACACCAACGGAGGCCUCAACCACAACCUGCGCGGCUACGGGACAGUCAACCAGCAGAGCUCUGGCGCUGCACACGCUAACGGUCCCACGGACCUGAGCAUGAAAUCCGUGGGCUCCAACUCCACCUCCUCCGGCUCCAACAGCCACGGCCAGGGCGGCGGCGGUGGCGGCGGGGCCUCGGCUCAGCUCAGCCCCCCGGAGGUCACGGCGGUGAGGCAGCUGAUCGCCGGGUACCGGGAGUCCGCCGCCUUCCUGCUCCGCUCGGCGGACGAGCUGGAGGGCCUGAUCCUGCAGCAGAACUGAGUUUGAAAAGCCCGAAGAAAAAACCAACCCUCUCACAGCCUAUCCAUCGCUGCAUGGGGUCACACGUCUCCGGGCAGACGUUCAUGCAAAGACACAGGCGUAUGUGAGCGGCACUGCGGCACACGGUGGGUCCUGUAGGUACGGUACCUUCACUUGGGUUUGGACAGGCCACAAGAUGUCAUGGCUGACAAAUGUUUAGUUUAUGCAUUUGGUUCACUUUGACCUUAUAGUGCCCUGUUGUAGCCAUUAAUCCCAUUCAGUUCAUUCCAACCCUUCAACCUCCAUUUGUCUCAGGAAGCGAUGAUCUAUGUGAAAGAGUUGUUUUCAUUGGUGCACGACCAGAACCCUGAAUUAGCUGUGGCCACGAUGUCGCAUUGGCUUGUUUAUGCACAUGUUUGGACAAAUUGAAAUAGUUAAAUGGCAGCGAUUUAGUAUCUUGUUUCUAUUCACAAACGCAAACGCACCGUAGGCUGUACAGUGGCGUCUGAUGCGAGUCAUUUCUAAACGAUUAUUCUCUCCAAAUUCCCUUCUCUCCCACGGAAAGUUUGGAGGAUUGUUUUCUGAAAAGUCUGCAGAUGAAUCGCUGCUAAAUCCGCUGACCUCAACCGUUACUGAAGGACGCGCUGACUUAAAUGACCCCAAAAAAGCAAAAUAAGGACAGGACAGUUUCUGAAAGUUUUCACCUGAGACGUUUCGACCAACAGACCCCUCAAUCUUUUACCUCGGCCCUGCUCUGGUGUCUAAGGGUUUCCAGAAGCUCAGACAUGUGGUUACUACGAGAGAAAAGACUCAUUACCCAACUUUAUUAUGGUUAUUUCUACCACGGGCAACUACUCAUUACUAAAAAAAAAAAUGAAAGGAGGCUUUUAUUAAGCCUGGGUAUGCAAAUUGAGGUCACAAGACACCUGUCAGGGAAACAAAGGAGAUUAACAUAUUGUUCGGACUUUUGGUUCAUAACCAGUGCUACUGGAAAAGAAGAAAAGGGUGCAAUAUCGAAGAUAAUCAGUAAGGGUGCGCUUACUGAAAUGAGCA